UUCUCUCAUCGCCGAACCCCUCGCGUUGUGCCCUAGCCUUCAUGCUCGAUUCCACUUCCUCUUCCUUCUCCCUCACGCGGCACGUAGCGCCUCCUCCUCUUCCCCUUUUGCUCCCUGACGCCAUCGAUCUCUACGGCUACUAACACAGAGCGUGGCCACGACGGGGAGGAAUUCAGCCCUCUCCCGAUCACUCUUCCUCGAUCUUGCGACGUCGCCAAUCGUCGGGCGUCGCUAGAUUCGUCGCGCCUCUCCUAUUUGGUCGAUGCUACUGCCCUUCCUCUUGAAGCUAGAUCGGUAGUGCUGUAGUUGCUACCAUCGUGAGGAUCGAGUCGUCAAUCUCACCUUCUACUCAAUCGGCGUCAGCGCUGCUGUCCCGACGUCGGUCAAGCAUCCCACCUUCUCUACCUCUAUUCCUGUUUUCCCUUCCUCUCAUGCGAACGAAUCGAUGUCGACAAUCACCAAGGUUCUCCUCACCAACGUCGGUGAUCCAUGCCCUAACGAUCUGGUCUCUCACCGCCGCACCUCUGCACGUCGCCGUUCCAACCACCGGAUUGUGCUACUCCAGGCAAUCUGUGCCCUAGCUUCGAUCCCUCGCCCGUCACCACUUCAUCAUGCCAGCGCCACCCGAUCACCUCUCUCUAGAAGUCGAGCACCCAAAUCCUUCACUUUGCUGUGCCCUGGCUCUGGCUGUUGUAGCCACCAGCAACCACUGUCGAUUUUGGUGGCUGUUGGGAGACGUCAGUCACAGGUCUCUGGCAACAACCUUCUCCAGCAAGCAAUUUUUGGUAGCUGCUCAUCCUGGCCGUGGGUCAUCAGGGAUGACUUUGGUAUUGAGGACUUUGAUUCAAGACGAGCACUUUGACAUAGCGAUUGUUUAGCUCAAUUUACAUUUGAGGCGGGUACCUUGACUUAUCUUCUAGAUAUUGUCAUUUGAUAUGCAUAGUGGAUUUUAAUGAGUAGUAAUAAUUAUGUUAUAUCUGCAUCGGUAUGUCAUUGCUUGAUUUCUUCAGCAUGUUUAUUUAUUACUUGUUUUGCAUCCAUUACCCUCUUGAUUAUUUAUGCUCAUGGAGGUAGUGAUAUAUCAUGCCUUAUGAUAUACCGGACUAGACAUUUAUCAUAUCUGAUACGUGUACCUAGAUCUUCUUAUUUGAGCCAUUUAUUUUUUGUACAUAUUUUAUGGAGGUAGAUAUGGUCAGGAUUUUCAUGCUUAGUGUCAUGAAUCAUCUUGCAUUAUUGCGUGCUGAGCGAUUGACAGUUCCAUUAUUGUUGAGAUCAUCGCCAGUUACAUGGAUUUGCACACACAACCACUCAUGUGUUAGUGGUAUAUCAGGUAGGGUGUGUGGCAGUUUGCUCUGUCAGUGCUCCACUGAUCCACUCAUGGGUAGUGUGAUGCAGCGUG